UCGGAGCAGCAAGCUAAAGAAAGCCCCCAGUGCCGGCGAGGAAGGAGGCGGCGGGGAAAGAUGCGCGGCGUUGGCUGGCAGAUGCUGUCCCUGUCGCUGGGGUUAGUACUGGCGAUCCUGAACAAGGUGGCACCGCAGGCGUGCCCGGCGCAGUGCUCCUGCUCGGGCAGCACAGUGGACUGUCACGGGCUAGCGCUGCGCAGCGUGCCCAGGAAUAUCCCCCGAAACACCGAGAGACUGGAUUUAAAUGGAAAUAACAUCACAAGAAUUACGAAGACAGAUUUUGCUGGUCUUAGACAUCUAAGAGUUCUUCAGCUUAUGGAGAAUAAGAUUAGCACCAUUGAAAGAGGAGCAUUCCAGGAUCUUAAAGAACUGGAGAGACUGCGUUUAAACAGAAAUCACCUUCAGCUGUUUCCUGAGUUGCUGUUUCUUGGGACUGCGAAGCUAUACAGGCUUGAUCUCAGUGAAAACCAAAUUCAGGCAAUCCCAAGGAAAGCUUUCCGUGGGGCAGUUGACAUAAAAAAUUUGCAACUGGAUUACAACCAGAUCAGCUGUAUUGAAGAUGGGGCAUUCAGGGCUCUCCGGGACCUGGAAGUGCUCACUCUCAACAAUAACAACAUUACUAGACUUUCUGUGGCAAGUUUCAACCAUAUGCCUAAACUUAGGACUUUUCGACUGCAUUCAAACAACCUGUAUUGUGACUGCCACCUGGCCUGGCUCUCUGACUGGCUCCGCCAAAGGCCUCGGGUUGGACUGUACACUCAGUGUAUGGGCCCCUCCCACCUGAGAGGCCAUAAUGUAGCUGAGGUUCAAAAACGAGAAUUUGUCUGCAGUGAUGAGGAAGAAGGUCACCAGUCAUUUAUGGCUCCUUCUUGUAGCGUUUUGCACUGCCCUGCCGCCUGUACCUGUAGCAACAAUAUCGUAGACUGUCGUGGGAAAGGUCUCACUGAGAUCCCCACAAAUCUUCCAGAGACCAUCACAGAAAUACGUUUGGAACAGAACACAAUCAAAGUCAUCCCUCCUGGAGCUUUCUCACCAUAUAAAAAGCUUAGACGAAUCGACCUGAGCAAUAAUCAGAUCUCUGAACUUGCACCAGAUGCUUUCCAAGGACUACGCUCUCUGAAUUCACUUGUCCUCUAUGGAAAUAAAAUCACAGAACUCCCCAAAAGUUUAUUUGAAGGACUGUUUUCCUUACAGCUCCUAUUAUUGAAUGCCAACAAGAUAAACUGCCUUCGGGUAGAUGCUUUUCAGGAUCUCCACAACUUGAACCUUCUCUCCCUAUAUGACAACAAGCUUCAGACCAUCGCCAAGGGGACCUUUUCACCUCUUCGGGCCAUUCAGACUAUGCAUUUGGCCCAGAACCCCUUUAUUUGUGACUGCCAUCUCAAGUGGCUAGCGGAUUAUCUCCAUACCAACCCGAUUGAGACCAGUGGUGCUCGUUGCACCAGCCCCCGCCGCCUGGCAAACAAAAGAAUUGGACAGAUCAAAAGCAAGAAAUUCCGUUGUUCAGCUAAAGAACAGUAUUUCAUUCCAGGUACAGAAGAUUAUCGAUCAAAAUUAAGUGGAGACUGCUUUGCGGAUUUGGCUUGCCCUGAAAAGUGUCGCUGUGAAGGAACCACAGUAGAUUGCUCUAAUCAAAAGCUCAACAAAAUCCCGGAACACAUUCCCCAGUACACUGCAGAGUUGCGUCUCAAUAAUAAUGAAUUUACCGUGUUGGAAGCCACAGGAAUCUUUAAGAAACUUCCUCAAUUACGUAAAAUAAACUUUAGCAACAAUAAGAUCACAGAUAUUGAGGAGGGAGCAUUUGAAGGAGCAUCUGGUGUAAAUGAAAUACUUCUCACGAGUAAUCGUUUGGAAAAUGUGCAGCAUAAGAUGUUCAAGGGAUUGGAAAGCCUCAAAACUUUGAUGUUGAGAAGCAAUCGAAUAACCUGUGUGGGGAAUGACAGUUUCAUAGGACUCAGUUCUGUGCGUUUGCUUUCUUUGUAUGAUAAUCAAAUUACUACAGUUGCACCAGGGGCAUUUGAUACUCUCCAUUCUUUAUCUACUCUAAACCUCUUGGCCAAUCCUUUUAACUGUAACUGCUACCUGGCUUGGUUGGGAGAGUGGCUGAGAAAGAAGAGAAUUGUCACGGGAAAUCCUCGAUGUCAAAAACCAUACUUCCUGAAAGAAAUACCCAUCCAGGAUGUGGCCAUUCAGGACUUCACUUGUGAUGACGGAAAUGAUGACAAUAGUUGCUCCCCACUUUCUCGCUGUCCUACUGAAUGUGCUUGCUUGGAUACAGUUGUCCGAUGUAGCAACAAGGGUUUGAAGGUCUUGCCGAAAGGUAUUCCAAGAGAUGUCACAGAGUUGUAUCUGGAUGGAAACCAAUUUACACUGGUUCCCAAGGAACUCUCCAACUACAAACAUUUAACACUUAUAGACUUAAGUAACAACAGAAUAAGCACGCUUUCUAAUCAGAGCUUCAGCAACAUGACCCAGCUCCUCACCUUAAUUCUUAGUUACAACCGUCUGAGAUGUAUUCCUCAUCGCACCUUUGAUGGAUUAAAGUCUCUUCGAUUACUUUCUCUACAUGGAAAUGACAUUUCUGUUGUGCCUGAAGGUGCUUUCAAUGAUCUUUCUGCAUUAUCACAUCUAGCAAUUGGAGCCAACCCUCUUUACUGUGAUUGUAACAUGCAGUGGUUAUCCGACUGGGUGAAGUCGGAAUAUAAGGAGCCCGGAAUUGCUCGUUGUGCUGGUCCUGGAGAAAUGGCAGAUAAACUUUUACUCACAACUCCCUCCAAAAAAUUUACCUGUCAAGGUCCUGUGGAUGUCAAUAUUCUAGCUAAAUGUAACCCCUGCCUAUCAAAUCCAUGUAAAAAUGAUGGCACAUGUAAUAGUGAUCCAGUUGACUUUUACCGAUGCACCUGUCCAUAUGGUUUCAAGGGGCAGGACUGUGAUGUCCCAAUUCAUGCCUGCAUCAGUAACCCAUGUAAACAUGGAGGAACUUGCCACUUAAAAGAAGGAGAAGAAGAUGGAUUCUGGUGUAUUUGUGCUGAUGGAUUUGAAGGAGAAAAUUGUGAAGUCAACGUUGAUGAUUGUGAAGAUAAUGACUGUGAAAAUAAUUCCACAUGUGUCGAUGGCAUUAAUAACUACACAUGCCUUUGUCCACCUGAGUAUACAGGUGAGUUGUGUGAGGAGAAGCUGGACUUCUGUGCCCAGGACCUGAACCCCUGCCAGCAUGACUCAAAGUGCAUCCUAACUCCAAAGGGAUUCAAAUGUGACUGCACACCAGGGUACGUAGGUGAACACUGCGACAUCGAUUUUGACGACUGCCAAGACAACAAGUGUAAAAACGGAGCCCACUGCACGGAUGCAGUGAAUGGCUAUACGUGCAUAUGCCCCGAAGGUUACAGUGGCUUGUUCUGUGAGUUUUCUCCACCCAUGGUCCUCCCUCGUACCAGCCCCUGUGAUAAUUUUGAUUGUCAGAAUGGAGCUCAGUGUAUCGUCAGAAUAAAUGAGCCAAUAUGUCAGUGUUUGCCUGGCUAUCAGGGAGAAAAGUGUGAAAAAUUGGUCAGUGUGAAUUUUAUAAACAAAGAGUCUUAUCUUCAGAUUCCUUCAGCCAAGGUUCGGCCUCAGACGAACAUAACACUUCAGAUUGCCACAGAUGAAGACAGCGGAAUCCUCCUGUAUAAGGGUGACAAAGACCAUAUCGCGGUAGAACUCUAUCGGGGGCGUGUUCGUGCCAGCUAUGACACCGGCUCUCACCCGGCUUCUGCCAUUUACAGUGUGGAGACAAUCAAUGAUGGAAACUUCCACAUUGUGGAACUACUCGCCCUGGAUCAGAGUCUCUCUUUGUCCGUGGAUGGUGGGAACCCCAAAAUCAUCACUAACUUGUCAAAGCAGUCCACUCUGAAUUUUGCGUCUCCACUCUAUGUAGGAGGCAUGCCAGGGAAGAGUAACGUGGCAUCUCUGCGCCAGGCCCCUGGGCAGAAUGGAACCAGCUUCCACGGCUGCAUCCGGAACCUUUACAUCAACAGUGAGCUGCAGGACUUCCAGAAGGUGCCGAUGCAAACAGGCAUCUUGCCUGGCUGUGAGCCAUGCCACAAGAAGGUGUGUGCCCAUGGCACAUGCCAGCCCAGCAGCCAGGCAGGCUUCACCUGCGAGUGCCAGGAAGGAUGGAUGGGGCCCCUCUGUGACCAACGGACCAAUGACCCUUGCCUUGGAAAUAAAUGCGUGCAUGGCACCUGCUUGCCCAUCAAUGCAUUCUCCUACAGCUGUAAGUGCUUGGAGGGCCAUGGAGGUGUCCUCUGUGAUGAAGAGGAGGAUCUGUUUAACCCGUGCCAGGCGAUCAAGUGCAAGCAUGGGAAGUGCAGGCUUUCAGGCCUGGGGCAGCCCUACUGUGAAUGCAGCAGUGGAUACACGGGGGACAGCUGUGAUCGAGAAAUCUCUUGUCGAGGGGAAAGGAUAAGAGAUUAUUACCAAAAGCAGCAGGGCUAUGCUGCUUGCCAAACAACCAAGAAGGUGUCCCGAUUAGAGUGCAGAGGUGGGUGUGCAGGAGGGCAGUGCUGUGGACCGCUGAGGAGCAAGCGGCGGAAAUACUCUUUCGAAUGCACUGACGGGUCCUCCUUUGUGGACGAGGUUGAGAAGGUGGUGAAGUGCGGCUGUACGAGGUGUGUGUCCUAAACACACUCCCGGCAGCUCUGUCUUUGGAAAAGGUUGUAUACUUCUUGACCAUGUGGGACUAAUUAAUGCUUCAUAGUGGAAAUAUUUGAAAUAUAUUGUAAAAUACAGAACAGACUUAUUUUUAUUAUGAGAAUAAAGACUUUUUUUCUGCAUUUGGAAAAAAAAAAAAAAAAAGAAAUGCUUGAACUAAAGCUUCCCCUAUCCUGGAGAAGUAUGAAGAAAGAUAUACCGGGAGGCAUUAGAACAGCGAUGGGAACCAUUGCAGCUCGGGUCCAUCUUUGUAACAUGCUGAAGACAAGCAGAAGCACAUGCACGAGGGACAGAGGAGCUACUGUGCACUGCUGUGAAAUUGCCCAGAGCAUAAAACCUGUGUACCCUCCUUCACAUCAACCAAGUUCACUAGGACAUACCAAGCACAUGUGUGUGAAUGAGGAUGCAAGGCAAGAGAAUGGAACUCCAGAAUUCACAGAUAGAACAAAUGGAUGAGAAAUAUUUCACGCAAAAUAUAAAGUGUCCUGAGGAUCUGGGUUCCAUUCACGAGAGGAAAUGAAAGUGCUAAAAUAAAUUUUAUCUUCCUUUUAAAUGUCAGCAUGUCAACAGAAGCAGCACACAAAAGUCUUUACCAUUUUCCAGUAUUAAUUUUUUUGUAAUAUAAAUGAUAAAGGAGAUGAUAAAGAACCAAUAGAUUAUUGAUAAAUAAAUUAGUAAUAAUAUGAUUUUUUGUUUCUAUGAGUUCUAAACAGCCCUAUACAGUAUUCAGUUUCCAUGAGAAAUAUUUAUUGUAUCAAAGUACAUUGUACUUAACAUUUUAGGCCAUCCUUUUACUGUUCCUUGAUGCUUUAAUAUAUAUUAAUUUAUAAUUAUCCUGAUAUUUUUGUACAUUUUUCAAACUUAAAAAUCAGGAUUUUUUUUUUUUUUUUUUUUUGGCAAUAGUACUAACAUAGGGUUUUAUCUUGGGAUAAAUAUGUGUUGGUCUGUUUGUUGACCUUGACAUCUGAUCACUGAUGUCAAUGACCUACUGGCCUCAUUCAGGACACCUGCAGAGAGUAUGCAAAGUCCAAGAGAGGAAAACACAAAUCUGUAUGUGAGAUGGUCAUUGUACAGAAAGAAGUGGCCCCUCUGCAACAUGUCCUCACAGAAACGAAAUGGUGUGUAGCAAUCAACACUAGAAAGUAGACCUUUUGCAAAUUAAUAUGUCCUUGACCUUUUUUGCCCUUUUCUGGGGGUGGGGUGGGGAUAAAAAGACUGUCAUUUCAAGAACUGUGACUUUUUUUUCCCUCAAACAAUAAAACUCCUUUAUUAUCUUAAUGCUCCCAUGUUAACAUGUUUGCUGCUAAAUUACAAUGUAGAAUUGAUAAUGAUUUAUAGUGAACUGUGCUCUUCCCUCAUUAAAAUCCCAGGGUGCCCUGUAAAGAUGCAGAUGUUUCUUCCUGAAAACUUCUUUUUUUACAAAGAAAAUUAGAUGUACAUGUAUAAUUCAGUGUGCUUUGUCUUUCUCCAGACUAAUAUCAGUUACACUGCUGAUGUUUGUAAAUUAAACAGAUAUUUACUUCA